AUGAGCGAACAGGAUUCGGCCAUCGACAUUGACUCGUGGCGCCAUUCAGUGCCCAGCCGGCUCGAGCGCGAAGAUCCGUUUGCCAAUGAUGGCUUUGGAGAGCGGCCUGCAACCCGGCUGACAUUUCGAGAGCAGGAUCCCCCGGAGGAAGCUGAACGGCCUGUUUCCCGCUUCAGUCUUCUGCGCUCCAAGCUCUUUGCGCCGAAACGCCCGCGACAGUCCCACGUAGGCUACGACAGCGACGACGAGUCGACAAUCUACCAGCGCCCUGCCACGGCGCUAUCUUCGUACACCAAGAAGGGAAGGAAACGUGGCUUCCUUGCGGGUUUAUUCCGACGCGGCAAGAAGCGCGCCCGAGAUGAGUACGAGGACAAGUACUACCAGGACGAGCAAAAGGAAGAGACGCUGGCAUCGGCUGAACGAGCGUCUACGAUUGUCGAGCCGAUUCUUUCGAAGCCCUUGCACUUGAAUUUCCUGUUUGUCGGGUGUCCAUCCUCGGGCCAGACUUCGCUGCUCUAUCGCAUUCGCUAUGGCUACUUUCCAGAUACCUCCGUCAUGCCGCGCACGCGCGACGCUGCCACCCUGCAGGCGAUUGUUGCCUGGUGGAAAUUCACCGCCGAGAGCCUCUUUUCCAAGUUCAAAGCCAUACCGCCUACGCUCAGGCUCCUUGGCACCAAAAAGGACCUCCGCCAUCGCAGCGCCUCCUCUCGCCGCUUCAGCCUGGGCUACUACUACCACCAGCUGCCGCUGUCGGCGUCGGCGCAGUCCGUCAUGGCGUCCACGUGCGUCUCGAGCGCCCAGGCCACGUGGCAGGCAAAGUAUCUUAACGCGAAAUAUUACGAGUGCUCGGCACUGACGGGUGAAGGCGUCGACUAUAUCGUAGAGGAGACGGCGGCGGAAGCGACGCGGGCUAUUGUAGAGAAGGAAUACGACAAUUCAGAAAACACCGCCGACAGAAUGGCUCUUCUUCUGGUCGGAAGUCUGGCUGUUGCGUCCGCCGCCAUUGUGGUUGGUCUGGCCCUGUCGACCUUUUCAUGGCGCAUCAUCAUCCUCACAGCCAUCGCGCUCACAGCCCAAGUCACCAUCUUCAUUACAGUCCGCCACAUCCAACUCAUCUUCCUGAAGCGCCGCUUGAAAUGGUCUGCAGCGCCGCGUCUCACCACCAGCCGCGCCGCGCCUGCUGCACGCCGCGACGACGACUACCACCUCUUCGUCCUCGGCUCCGGCGGGCACACCAAGGAGAUGCUCAUGAUGAUGGACGACGGCACCUGCGACUUUGGGCGCCGCUUCCACCGGCGCUACCUCGUCUCCAGCGGCGACACCAUGUCGGCGCACGCCCUGCGCGACUACGAGGCCUCGCUGGCCGCACUCUGCGCCGCCCGCGGCACCGACCCGGGCACGCACGACGCCGUGCGCGUCGCCCGCGCGCGCCGCGUGCACCAAAGCCUCCUGACGACGCCGCUGAGCGCGCUGCGCAGCCUUUUCGACAUUGUGCCGGUGCUGCGGCGGCCGGGGCGGCGGUACCCGUCGCUGGUCUUCUCCAACGGCCCCGCGACGGGCUUCUUCGUGGCGCUGGCGAUUCACGUGCUCAAGAUGCUGUACGUGGUGCCCGAGGGGAGCAUGCGCUUCGUGUACGUCGAGUCGUGGGCGCGCGUCUCGACGCUGUCGGUCACGGGCAAGCUCUUUCACUACACUGGGCUGGCAGACUUUUUUGCCGUGCAGCAUGCGCAGGUUGCGGCGAGGUACGGCAUCCGGGACGUAGGACAGAUUGUCUUCAACGCAAGACGACAAGAUAUAUAG